AUGGAUAAGCCACCGAUACAGCAGGGAGUGGUGUGCGGGCCGUGGGAGAUGAAGGACAGGCUGGGCACUGGAGGCUUUGGCAAUGUCUGCCUCUUCCAGAACAAGGAAACUGGGGAGUUGAAAGCAAUAAAAUCAUGUCGCCUGGAGCUCAGUCUGAAGAACAAGGAGAGAUGGUGUCAGGAGAUACAGAUAAUGAAAAGGUUAAACCAUCCUAAUGUUGUUAAAGCUUGUGAGGUGCCACCUGAAAUGGACUUCAUGGUGAAUGCUGUGCCACACUUGGCAAUGGAGUACUGCUCUGGAGGGGAUUUACGUAAACUUUUAAGCAAGCCAGAAAACUGCUGUGGGUUGAAGGAAAGCCAAGUUUUGAAUAUAAUAAGUGAUAUAGGUGCUGGUAUUCAGUAUCUGCAUGAAAAUCGUAUUAUACACAGAGACUUGAAACCAGAAAAUAUUGUGCUACAGGACUGCAGUGGGAAGACUGUGCAUAAAAUUAUAGACCUGGGUUAUGCCAAGGAUCUAGAUCAAGGAAGCCUUUGUACAUCAUUUGUAGGGACCUUACAGUAUCUGGCUCCAGAACUCUUUGAAAACAAGCCAUACAGCGUAACAGUGGAUUACUGGAGCUUUGGUACAAUGGUUUUUGAAUGUAUAGCUGGCUUCAGGCCAUUUCUGCAUAACAUGCAACCUUUCACUUGGCACGAAAAGAUCAAGAAGAAGGAUCCUAAGCACAUCUAUGCUUAUGAGGAGAUGUCAGGUGAAAUUAGGUUCAGCACCGAUUUGCCACAACCCAAUAACUUGAGCAGCAUCAUGGUAGAGCACCUGGAGACGUGGCUACAGCUUGUACUAAACUGGGACCCCCAGCAACGCGGAGGUGGAAUUGAUGAGCACUCCGGUCGGCCUCGUUGUUUUGUGUUAAUGGAUCGCAUUCUGAACCUAAAGAUUGUACACAUUUUGAACAUGACAUCUGCUAAGAUCAUCUCUUUCCUCCUACAACCUGAGGAAAGUUUACACUCUCUUCAGUCCAACAUUGAAAAAGAGACUGGAAUUAAUACCUGCAAUCAGGAGUUGCUGCUUGAAAUGGGGGUGUCUCUUGACCCCAGAAAACCUGCCUCCCAGUGUGUGUGUGAUAGAUGGAGUGAGAGGCUGGGACAGUUAUAUGGUAUAUUUGUUUGAUAAGAGCAAGACUGCUUAUGAAGGGCCUUUCCAACCAAGAAAUCUAUCAGAAUGUGUAAAUUAUAUUGUACAGGACAGCAGAGUUCAGCUUCCCAUACUACAGCUGCGCAAGGUGUGGGCAGAGGCUGUUCACUAUGUUCUGGGCUGAAGGAAGACUAUAGCCGUCUUUUCCAGGGACAAAGAGCAGCAAUGCUUAGUCUACUCCGCUACAAUACCAACCUAACAAAGAUGAAGAAUACAAUGGUGUCCGCCUCCCAACAAUUAGACGCCAAGCUGCAGUUUUUCAAGAAAAGCAUUGAGAUUGAUUUAGAGCGCUACAGUGAUCAAAUGGCCUAUGGAAUCUCUUCAGAGAAGAUGCUGAGAGCUUGGAAAGAGAUGGAAGAUCGAGCGGUAGGAUGUGCGAAGGCUGGACAAAUUUCCUUUCUGGAUGACCAAAUAAUGGGACUCCACACUGAGAUAGUCGAGCUACAGAGGAGCCCUUAUGCACGUAGACAAGGCGAUGGCAUGGAACUUAUGGAACAGAAGGCUAUAGAAUUAUACAAGCAGUUAAAGCCUCGGUCUCCAGAAAAUGCCUACAGUGAUAGUACCGAAAUGGUGAGAACCAUUGUGAUGACCGUGCAGGGCCAGGAUAAAGUUUUUAAAGGAACUAUUUGGCCAUUUGAGCCGACUUUUGGGUUGUAAGCAGAAAAUUAUUGAACUGUUGCCUCAGAUUGAGAUGACCAUAAAUAACAUUAAGGAAGCUGAUAGUUCCUUGAUGCAGAUGCAAGCCAAACGUCAACGAGAAAUCUGGCAUCUUCUGAAAAUUGCAUGUACCCAAAGCUCUGCACGCUCAUUGGGACCUUCUAGUUUAGAGAACUCAGCUAGUCCUCGUCCAGCAGGUUGGUCAGACCCAAACUCUCCUCAAGCUCUCACUUCUAUGCUUCUUCCAAAAGACAAGAACAGGGAAGCAUUUAAGCGUGCCAUAGAUGAGAAUCUGUUCUACCAGAAACAACUGAGUACCCUGAUUAUGGAAAGCACAAAAGAAAAGGAGAGCAGUUUAGUGAGCCUGGAUUGGAGCUGGCUCCAACAGUGA